AUGAAUAUUCUCGAUUUACAGAUUGAUAGGGUUUCUGAAGAUGAAAGCGAGAAGUCGAAACAGCUGAUCUCCGAGUUGGAAGAGCUGUCCAAGAGCACGGCGAAGAGGGGCAUAGUCAAAAAAUUCACCAAUACAAUUGAUGGUACAGACGUGGAGAUAUCCAGCUGGAGAUUCAACGAAUGGGACUAUUCUUCCAAAAAGGUGAAGCUGCCAAUCUAUGCGAGAGGUCUGUUCACUGUUGGUGACCGUAUUGUUUGUCGUGGAUACGAUAAGUUCUUCAAUGUCGACGAGCUUGGCUCAGUCUCAAAAAAAGCGUUACAGGAAACCACCGCCGGACCAUAUACACUGACAGUCAAAGCAAAUGGAUGUAUCGUUUUCAUAUCUGGCCUUGAGGAUGGGACACUGGUCGUGUGCUCAAAACACUCGACCGGGUAUCGUGAAGACCUAACUCGCAACCACGCACUGGCCGCACAGACUGCUCUGGAAAAACAGCUAGAGGACAGUGGCCUUAAGCCAAAGGAACUUGCAACCACUCUCUACCGGCUGGGAAUGACUGCCGUGGCAGAGUAUUGUGACGACUCUUUUGAAGAGCACAUUUUAGAGUAUGCGCAAGAAAAAGCAGGAUUGUACCUACACGGUCUCAACUACAACACCUGCGAUUUCAAAACCUGUUCCAUGGCUGUGGUGACCAGUUUUGCCCAAGCAUUUAGGUUCAAAACCAUUGACUACUUUACGAUUCCAACUUUCGAAGCAACCAUGGAGUUUCUGGAACAGGCCAGCGAGACUGGACUCUACAAAGGAGAAGAGAUAGAAGGUUUCGUUGUGAGGUGCCAAAAAGACAACUCUGAUUUCUUUUUCAAGUACAAAUUCGAAGAGCCAUACUUACUCUACCGGGAGCUGCGUGAGGUUACCAAGCAGUUCUUGACAAAAGGACUCGACAAUGUCAGCUUCAAAAACCACAAGCUGAUUUGCAUGGAUUAUCUAAAAUUCGUAAUCCCGUUGUUUGAUGCUGAUCCGUCACUCAAGGAUGAUUAUUUGCAAGGCAAAGGUAUUGUCAAACUGCGGAAGCUUUACAUGGAGCAUAAGCAAAAAUCUGGUUCGGAAAUCAUCAAGGAAGAACAGUCCAUGGCAAAACUAGAAGAAGAGCUAAAGUGUGCCGGCUACGGCCAAGACACUUGUAAGUAUGUUUUAGUCACUGUGGCAACAAUCGGCUGUGGCAAGACAACAACAUCAAUGACGUUGGCGAACCUGUUUCCUGAUCUAAUAGGCGUCGUUCAAAGUGACGACAUUCCGUCCCCAAUAAAAAACAAACAGGUAGCCAAAUGUUUGGAAGUUUUGGUGGAGAAGCCAAUUGUCAUUCUUGACAGAAACAACCACAAAUUCAUUGAAAGACAACAAACGUUUGAGUACUUUGCAGAUCUCAACAAACUGAUCCCUGAGUCAAAGCUCAAAUUUAUCUGCUUGAACUUCCUAGGAAAGAUCUCCAAGGAUGAUCCGAAACUCUGGGAAAUUACCAGAGCGCGCGUUUUGGAUAGAGGCGAUAACCACCAGAGCAUUAAGGUUGAACGCGACGGAACUUACAAAGCCGAAAUGAUAAUGAAGGGCUUUCUAGGGAGAUAUCAACCUGUCGUAAGAGAAAAGUUUCCUGACUCAAGAUUUGAUCAUAUUAUUGACCUCAUAGUGGACAAGGAUUCGUCACUGGAAAAUGCUAAACUCAUAACUCGCAGACUGCUCGAGAUUGCAACCGACAUUCAAAUUCAUCCUCCCAGCGAGGAGCAGUUCUUGGAAGCUUACAAAAAGGCUCUUGACUUCAAGCCCUUGGUGACAAAGAAUUUCAAGACUAAAAAGGAAAAACCACAGUAUUUUGGCAUACAAGUCAACGAUAUUGACAAAGUAACUCAGAUCCAUGAGAUCGACUUUUUCAAACAGCUACAGGAAGCCAAUCGAGUUAAAAAAGAGUUCCACAUCACACUGGUCCACGUUGGAUCUACCAAAAAAAAUCCUCCAGUGAAGACAAUUUACCAGAACUAUUGCGGACUAGUUAAAGAUACGGAGAAAAUAGACGACCAGAUGGAAUUGCCUUAUAAAGCGGACGCGAAACUUGUCCGGGCAUGCUGGAAUUCCAGAGUAAUGUGCAUCGAGGCGGAAGUGAAGCGGAUCUAUGGAGAAGAAGGCGAGCGUUUGGAAAGUUUGGGCAUAGGAAACAGAUAUCCACACAUCACAGUGGGCACUAUCUCAGAAAAGGUGCAAGCUGUGGAGUCGAACAAACUGCUUUCAGACUUGCAUGAAUUUGGGGAUGAGAAUAUCCAUACACUGGAGUUCAAUAUUGAGUUGCAUCAGCUACCUGUUUUUGUCCACUAUUGA